GAUGGCCACAAAGGAACAUUCUCUUUAUAAAUUAGUCACAAAAGAAUAAGCAGAAGCAUUUGCAUGGUCAUUUGAAGGACCAAAUACAGAAGCUCUUCUUUAUCCUUUUGUAUUUCCACCAAUCCAACCACACGAAGUGAGAAUUCAAUAAACUUAUUUUGGACUAUGUUACACUGAUUGUAAAUGUGAAAUCAAUAUCAAAAAGGUCAUCUUGUUAAUUAAGAUUGGUUUCCAAUCAAUUAUCCAAGUGUUCCAGGACAUGAGAUAUUAGGUCAUGUCGUAAUGAAAGGUGACUAAGUUACACAAUUCUAAAUUGGUGAUUUAGUUGGUGCAGGAUUCAUAAGAGAUAGUUGUGGAAACUGUAAAUUAUGUAUUUAAGGAAAUGAUUAACUUUGUGGACAAAAGGGUGAUGAACAUUUUAUCCCUUUACCUAAAUUUGGUGGAUUCGCAACACAUGUAUAAUUCCCAGCUAAAUGGGCUUUUCCUAUUCCAAAUACUAUCCCAUAACAUUUAGCUCCACCUCUUUUAUGUGCUGGUAUUACAGUCUUUGCUCCUUUAAAAAGAUAUUUCAAUCCAAACAAGGAGGUUGCUAUAAUUGGUAUUGGGGGAUUAGGGCAUUUAGCUAUCAAAUUCUCUGCUGCUAUGGGAAUGAGAACUUCUGCCAUAUCUACUUCUCCAGAUAAGGAAUAAGAGGCAAAAUCAUAUGGAGCUAUUGAUUUUAUUGUUUCUAAAAACCCAGAAGAAAUGGCUAAGGCUUCAGGAAGAUUUGAUAUAAUAUUGAGUUGUGCCCAUGCUAGUACUGUUGAAGAAUUUAUAGAUUAAACUAAAUUAUUAAAAAAUGGAGGAGAUUUUAUUAUGGUUGGUAUACCUGCUCUUACUAAAGUUGAGUUAUAAUUGCCAUUCUAUUCAUUGGUAUGUAGAUAGAUAUCAUUUGUUGGAUCUUUAGUUGGAUCAAGAUAAGUAUUAUAAUAUAUUAUAUUUUUUUAUAGGAAAACUAUGAAAUGAUCGAAUUUGCAAAUAAACAUAAAAUAUAUCCAACUUGUGAAGAAUAUGAAUUUGAGAAUUUCAAAACUGCAUAUGAUAAAUUAUUAAAUGGAAGACCAAAAUAUAGAUGUGUUGUUAAAGUAGGCAAUGCUCCUUAAACAUUAAAGUAAUGAGUU